AAAUCCAAUCAGAACCAUAAAAAGCCUGAAGAAGGUAGAAAUUUUCCGGCGAAGAAACUCGCGUUGUUCAAUCGCUGAUCGCUGCUCUCUCUCUUUCGAUCGAAAUUGGAUUCUGAAUAACUUCUGCUUGAGAAAAGUUUGAUUUUUUUGCUGCGACGAUUUCUUUGUGUCUGUGUCUGGUGGAUUAAGGAAGCGUUUGGAAUUGAUGCGAAACACUUGUUUAGGGUUUUGUGUUAGGGGUUGAAGAACAAUGUCGUCUUCUUCGGUAAUUACCCCAGAAGACGUGCUUGAAUCUCUUAUGAACGAUGGGACCAUCGAUGCUCUACGAUUAAAGAUCAUCAAUCAGCUCAAAGCCAAUGAAGAGUUAAAGAGCACAACCAUUAAAAUGGCUGAGGAGAGUAGAGUUCUUAACACACCGGGUGCUGAGAAACAGACUAAAAGAGAACUCUUUGAUGCUCUUCGCCAAGAACUCGAAGGUCCAGUGCUAGAGAAGGCAUCAAAAUCAGUUUGGGAGUUGAUUCUUGAGAAGGAUGGGUUAGGGAAAGAGAUAAAUGAAACUGUAGAACGCGUCUUUUGUCGUCUAAGCGGGCGAGAACCGCCCUUGUUUUCAUCAGCAAACGUGGAAAACCCGAUGGAUAUAGAGAAAGAGACAGAGACAAAGGAGAAUAAGAACAGCUCAAAGACGAAACCAAAGAAGAGAAGUCUUAGUGAGGUGAGUCCCUCUGAAGGUAUUGAUGAAGUCGAAACCACGAAGAAGAAACAAGGAGAUUCCUCUGUUUUACCUUUGGAGUCUGGAGAAACGCCUUGAGCCUUGUAGGAGAUAUUGAUCAUGUUCUGUUGUUCUGAGUCCUCUGAUAUAGACUUGCAGUUUUAUUAUGACAUUUCUCUUCUCAACAACCUCUAAUUUAAAUCUCUCUUAUUUUAUUAUAUAAACUUUGAUGUUUUAAAGUUAAUUAACAAA